AUUGUGUACACCGAAGGAGGCUUUGUGGAAGGUGUCAAUAAAAAACUGGGCCUUUUCGGGGAUUAUGUGGAUAUCUUCAAAGGGAUCCCUUUCGCAGCGCCUACGAAAACACUGGAAGACCCCCAGCCGCACCCCGGCUGGCCAGGCACCCUCCAGGCCACGGAAUACAAGAAACGCUGCAUGCAGUCCACGCUCACCCAAACGGACAUCCGGGGCAGUGAAGAUUGUCUCUAUCUGAACAUCUGGGUCCCCCAAGCGAAGAAGCAAGUCUCCACCAACUUGCCGGUGAUGGUCUGGAUUUACGGGGGAGCUUUCCUCUGGGGAGGCGGGCAGGGCGCCAACUUCUUGAAGAACUACCUCUACGAUGGCGAGGAGAUCGCCACCCGCGGGAAGGUCAUCGUGGUGACCCUGAACUACCGCCUCGGACCCCUCGGUUUCCUCAGCACAGGAGACGCCAGCCUUCCGGGCAACUACGGCCUUAAAGAUCAGCACAUGGCCAUCGCCUGGGUGAAGAGAAACAUCAGAAGCUUUGGAGGCGACCCGGACAACAUCACGAUCUUUGGGGAAUCUGCCGGCGCUACCAGCGUCUCCUUACAGACGCUGUCGCCGUACAACAAAGGCUUGAUCCGCCGAGCCAUCAGCCAGAGUGGCGUGGGGCUCUGUCCGUGGGCCAUUCAGAAGGACCCGCUCUUCUGGGCUACCAAGAUAGCGCAGCACGUGGGCUGCCCCACGGACAACACCACUGUCCUGGCGAACUGCUUGCGGAUCACCGACCCCAAAGCGCUGACACUGGCCUACCAUCUGGACGUCCUCAACCUCCGCUAUCCCCUGGUCCACUACCUCGCCUUCUCCCCCGUGGUGGACGGUGACUUCCUCCCGGAUAACCCCGAGAAGCUCUUCGCCAACGCUGCCGACAUCGACUACAUCGCCGGGGUGAACAACAUGGACGGGCACUUCUUUGCCGGCAUUGACAUGCCUGCCCUCAACCGCCCACUGGUGAAGAUCACGCCGGAAGAGGUGUACCAGGUGGCUGAAGGUCUGAGCGUGGUGAAGGGGCCGGCGGGAGCGAGGGCUGUCUUCUCCCUCUACAGCCAGGUGUGGAGCACCGACCCAAGCCAGGAAGUCAUGAAAAGGACCGUGGUGGAUAUGGAGACCGACUACAUAUUCCUGGUUCCCACCCAGCAGGCGCUGCAGCUCCAUUACCAAAACGCGAAGAGCGCCAAGACUUACAGCUACCUGUUCUCCGAGCCGUCCCGAAUGCCGGUCUACCCCAGCUGGGUCGGGGCCGACCACGCCGACGACCUUCAGUACGUCUUCGGGAAACCCUUUUUCACGCCGCUGGGCUACAAAGCCAAGCACCGGACUGUCUCCAAGGCCAUGAUCGCGUACUGGACAAACUUCGCCAGGACGGGUGACCCUAACCAAGGAGAAUCGAAUGUUCCCAUUGGCUGGGUGCCCUACGAUCCUCAGCACGGCUACUACCUGGAUAUCAACCAUGACAUCAACUACGAGUCUGCAAAACAAGGCCUGCGCACUCCUUAUGUGGAUUUCUGGAACACGGCCUACCUCAGCCUACCAGAUGUCCCAGUCGCCAAGGACCUGAAGUAG